AUGAUCAUUUACCCUUGUGGAAAUUGUCGAAAUCUAUCUCACCAAUUUUGCGAGAUUGUGUACGAGCACUUGGUCAUAGAAAGGAUGGAUCCUAAAUAUACUUCUUGGUUCCUUCACGGGGAACAACUAAGUGCAUCGUCACAUCAGGAAGAUGUUAAAAUUUCAGAUACAUAUAAGAUGUUCAGAGACGUGCAUGUAAAAGAUGAUGAUUUUGCAGAGUCUAUAAGUAAAAGUAGAGAGAGAGAAUUAACACGAUCAUUAGAAGAUGUUGAAACUCCUUUAUAUCUAGGGUGUACAAAGUACACUAAGUUCUCAACAAUUGUUGCUUUAUACAAGCAUAAAGCUGCACAUGAUCAUUCAGAUGAAAGCUUUGAUGAACUUCUUCGAAUAGUGUCUGAUAUGCUGCCAGAAGAUAACACGCUUGUCAAAUCUGUAUAUUCAAAAAAAAAGAUGCUCAAAACCUUUGAUCUAGGAUAUGAGAAAAUCCAUGCUUGUGUGAAUGAUUGCUGUUUGUUUAGAAAAGAUUUAGAGCUUAAGGAGACAUGCCCGAAAUGCAACUGUUCACGUUGGAAAGUAGAUAAACGCACUAAGAAGAUUAAAAAAGGGGUUCUUGUGAAGGUGUUGCGAUAUUUUCCAAUAAUACCAACAUUUAAAAGGAUGUUCAAGUCACAGGAGAGGGCAAAACAAUUAACGUGGCAUUCCUCUCACAAAAGCCAAGAUGGCAAGAUGAGACAUCCAGUUGACUCAUUGGCAUGGGAAUCAAUCGAUCAAAAGUGGCAUUCUUUUGCAUCAAAUCCACGAAAUCUUAGACUUGGUCUUUCAGCAGAUGGGUUUAAUCCUUUUGCCAAUCUUAGCUCAAAGUAUAGUUGCUGGCCAGUGAUGUUAGUUACAUAUAACCUUCUCUCAUGGUUAUGCAUGGCAAAGGAAAAUAUCAUGUUGACAUUACUAAUUCCAGGGCCAAAGCAACCAGGCAACAACAUAGAUGUUUAUCUAGAGUGGCUUGUAGAAAACCUAAUAGAAUUAUGGACUAAUGGUGUCAGGGCUUAUGAUGCAGCCAACAACUCCAUGUUUAAUUUGAAGGCUAUUUUGAUGUGGACAAUAAAUGAUUUUCCAACUUAUAGAAACUUAGCUGGAUGCACCAUAAAGGGAAAAGUUGCUUGUCCAAUAUGUACCACUAACACAUGUUCACAAUGGUUGAGUAAUAGUAAAAAGACUUUGUACAUGGGCCAUAGGCGAUUUCUUGCACCCGACCAUCCAUUUCGGAUGAAAAGAAGUUGGUUUGAUGGAAAGCAAGAACUUCGAGGGAAGCCUAAACCAUUAAAUGGAUCUGAUGUUUUCGGUGUAGUUAAAGACAUUGAAAAUAAUUGGGGAAAAGCAACAAAUGAGAGAAAAAGUAAAAAGUCCCAGAUCAUCAAAGAAAAAGAGCCAGUUUGCGUUCAACCAUGGAAGAAGAAGUCCAUAUUUUUCAAUUUACCAUAUUGGAAUGCAUUACUUUUGCGUCAUAACUUGGAUGUAAUGCACAUUGAGAAAAACGUUUGCGAAAGUAUCAUUAGCAUACUAUUGAAUUUGAAGGGGAAAUCAAAGGAUGGCCUUAAAGCUCGUAAAGAUUUGGAAUAA